AUGUCUCCUUUUGUUGAUCCAGUGGCACAAUUGCUCAAGAAUGCUCCUGCCUUGAUCUUGGAUGGCGCGCUUGCAACAGAGCUCGAAACCCGAGGACUCGAUCUCAGCUCAAAAUUAUGGUCUGCCAAAGCUUUGGAAGAAACACCCGAAGCCAUCUAUGGAGUGCAUCUCGACUACUUCAAGGCUGGUGCUGAUAUCGCCAUUACUGCAAGCUAUCAAGCUACCCCACUCGGUCUAUCACAACACCUGGGAAUGGGCCUUGAGCAGUCCCAGAAGCUCAUCCGUCGUAGCGUGGAGCUCGCUCAACAAGCUCGUGACACUGCUCUCCAAGAGGAGCAUCAGAAGGACCCUUCGAUCCAGCCGAGGAAGCUUCUAAUUGCGGGAAGCGUCGGACCUUACGGUGCUUUCCUUGCCAACGGAAGUGAAUACAGGGGUGAUUACCACCUGUCAAACGAGGAAUUCAAAGACUUCCACAGACCUCGUAUUGAAGCUCUGGUGGCAGCCAACGUGGACAUCCUGGCUUAUGAGACCAUCCCAUCCUUGCCGGAAAUUAAGGCUUUGAUCGAACUGCUCGAGACUGAUUUCCCAAACACAUCAGCGUGGCUGGGCGUGACACUGAGAGAGUCAGAUGCGUCUUUGCUGAGCGAUGGGUCUCCAAUGUCCGAGGUCGUCAAUUUGGUCAACGCUUGCCGUCAAAUUGUUUCUGUAGGCGUCAACUGCAUCCCUGAGCAGAAUGUGUCCGCAGCUCUGGAUUACAUCAAGCCUCUGACCGACAAGCCCCUUAUUGUGUAUCCGAACUCUGGUGAGACCUGGAACGCAGAAGCCCGGAUGUGGAAUGGUCCGCGUGUGGAAGGCAAGGAACAUGCUGAACUGGUUCGAGAAUGGUUUGGCAAGGGCGCCAGACUGAUCGGAGGAUGUUGUCGCACUGGUCCCAAGGACAUUCAGAACACCCGCGAUACUAUCGUCUCUCCCUAA